AUGGAGAAGCUCGAUGCUCUGCUGAGGGCAGCUGUCGCGGAGAGAGACGAUGUUGCGUGCAAGGACAAGCUGCUGGGAGCAGCGUUUUUGGUGACGAAUUCCAAUGGCGUCAUUUAUUCUGGAUCGGCUGGCCGCGUCCGUUUUGCCGCAGACUCGCCAGACUUCAAUGGCAAUACUCUCACCUACGGGGCUUCCUUGACCAAGCUCCUCUCUGCAACGUGUCUCAUGCAGCUGAUUGAGCAGGGCAAGAUGCGGCUGGACGACGAUGUGCGGCAGAUUGUCCCCGAGGUCCGCGAUAUGCAGAUUCUGAGGGGAUUCACGCCCGAGGGGGAGCCUAUACUGGAGGAUGACGAGAGGCCCAUUACGCUCAAACAUCUGAUGCUUCACACUGCCGGUCUGCGGUACGACGUCUCAGACCCAGACCUGCGCAAAUGGAGCAAGUACGUCGGCAGGCCCGUUGGCAAAACCAUCCGCCUCAGCAAGGACGGCUUCAACACGCCGCUCCUGAUCCGCCCCGGCGACGGCUGGGUCUACGGCCCGGCCCUGGACUGGGCCGGCAUCGCCCUGGAGACGGUGACGGGCCAGACGCUGGGCGCGUACAUGAAGCAGCAUCUGCUCGACCCGCUGGGCAUGACGGACACGGGCUUCCGCAUCAGCCGGCUCCCUCACACGACAGGCCGACGACGGGCCCAAGUCACGCGGCGCGAUGGCGAUGGUGGCGCGCUGUCGGCGUUUGAACCCGCGCCUGUUGAGCCGGAGCUGGACAGCGCCGGGGCGGGCAUCCACACGACGGCGCACGACUAUGCGCGGAUGCUGCGGGCGAUGCUGCAGUUGCAGGCCCCUGGAGCUGGACAACAGGCGGGUGGCAUCAUCUCGGGGGAGACGGUGCGAGAGAUGUUUGAGCCGCAGCUGGAUGAGCGGCAGAAGGCAUUGAUGGAGGCGUUUCUGUACGCGCCGGACAGGAGGGGGGCGUUUAUACCGGAGAUUCCGGAUGGAUUUGAGUUGCAGUAUGGGUUUGGGGGGUUGUUGGCGUUGGCGGACUUGGAGGGGAAGAGGAGGAGGAGGGGGGGGAGUUUGUCGUGGGCCGGGGCGGGGAAUUCGCGAUGGACGGGGAUUGCUGGGGUGUUGAUGGUGGCUGUCUUUCCGUUUGGAGACGAGGUUGCGUGUCGGCUAUAUGCGGAGCUGGAGAGGGCGGUUUAUGCUGAGCUUGUUGAGUGA